GGUUCCUGAUGGAACUUUUGGAAAGAGAGGAUUCAGCCCGGAGCGUGGUGUACACCUUCCCGCACCUCACCAUCCAAGAGUUUGUAGCCGCACUCGCACAAUUCCUGACUGCAGAUCCCAGGAAUAUCGUGAAAUUCCUGUCUGAAAUCCACAGCACGACAGACGGGCGAUUUGAAGUAUUUCUCCGUUUUGUCGCUGGUCUCUCCUCCCCACGGUCAGCUUGGAUCCUGGAGGAGUUUCUGGGUCCAUUUCCUCAUGAAACAAUCUGUCGAGUGAUUGACUGGGUAAAGGAGGAAGUUAAACGCCAGAUUAGAAAUGCAGGAAGUGCAUUUGGUAAAAGGAGCCUCCUGAACACGAUGCACUACCUGUUUGAAUCUCAGAAUCCUGCACUGGCUAAGGAGACACUGGGAUCUGUGGAAACACUUUCAUUCAAUGGACUGGGACUGACCCCGAUUGACUGCGCUGUCCUGUCUCAUGUCAUUGGGCCCUGUGAUACAAUCAAAUACCUCGAUCUGUGGAACUGUCGCAUUCAGUGUGAAGGUCUCCAGCGGCUGGGACCAGCUCUACACAAGUGUCAGCACUUGGGACUGGGAUUCAACGACCUGGGAGAUUCCGGAGUGAAACUAGUGUCUGCGGCUCUGAGGAACCCGGACUGUAAAAUACAGAGACUGUGGCUGGAUAAUGUCAGUCUCACAGAUUCUGGAGCCAAGAAUCUCGCCUCCGCUCUCAGUACAAACCCCUCACUGACGGAACUGAACCUGAACGAUAAUAAACUGGGAGAUUCCGGAGUGAAACUGGUGUCUGCGGCUCUCAAGAACCAGGACUGUAAAAUACAGACUCUGUGGCUGAACAGAGUUGGUCUCACAGAUUCUGGAGCCGAGGAUCUCGCCUCCGCUCUCAGUACAAACUCCUCACUGACAGAGCUGGGACUGGGUGGUAACAGCCUGGGAGAUUCCGGAGUGAAAAAGGUGUCUGUGGCUCUGAGGAACCCGGGCUGUAAAAUACAGACACUGGGGCUGUACUAUGUCGGUCUCACAGAUUCUGGAGCCGAGGAUCUCGUCUCCGCUCUCAGUGCAAACCCCUCACUGACGGAGCUGGAGCUGAGGGGCAACACCUUCACAGACCAAUCUGUCCCCGCUCUCCUCCGCCUCAUACUGACCCUCCCGAGUCUGGAGCGGAUUGGGCUGGAGGGGAAUAAGUUCAGUCCGACCGGGGAGAAGGAACUGAGGUCGCUGCAGGAAACCAGACCCGGGCUGAGAGUGGAACUGUGAACAUCUCGGGGUGUGAACGUCACCGCCCUGGGGACCGGAAUAUUGUUGGCCGAUUCCCCAUCCCUCCCCUUUAAACGGCCGCCCUCCCCUUUAAACGGCCGCCCUCCGGUUUACGCCCCAACGGUUGCCGUGCCGAGCGGGCAGGCUGUGACGUCAGAGGAUGCCCUGCCCGCUGUCACGUGACCCGGAUAUGCUGCUGCUGAUCAAAGAUACAAGCCGUUGUGAACAAUGGGAUUAGAUGAAUUACAGAGAGCAAGUUUAAUACAAAAAUCGAUUCAAACACAGGACAUGGGCCAUUUAAAAAGAACAUUUUAAAAAACAUUUAAAAACACACAAACUGUUCCCCUGCAAUGCUGAUUACACUGCGAGAGGCAUAUCUGGUCGGGUCUGGAUUACUGAAAUGGCGGAAGUUACGCUCCGUUGUGUACUACGGAGGACUGGGGAAUAGCAGCUGGACCUGCAGGAUCUCAGAUAUGCUUCAUCAUCAGCGGCCCUCGCUCCUGCUACGGUGACAACAGCAGCAUUGUUCAAACUGUUCGUUAACACAGCAAUGUGUGUUACUGGUUUAGCAUCUGUAAAUGAAAUGUAAAUUGUUGAUUACAGUAAAAAAAUGAAAUUUAGUGGAUGUCUAGGUUACUAAUAUUUGCAGAACUCAAUAAACACUUGGCAAUUCCA